UUUAGAGCAGACUCUCUUGGAAGAAUAAGACAUGGAGGAUACCUCUAGAGAUGGGGACAGGAUUCAGGAGGCAAACACGGGAGGCAGACACUUGGAAGGAUUUGAUACACAGAACUUGAAGCAGAAAUAUCAAGAACCAUGCUUCACAGUCAAUUCCAAGCUGUUGCCUUAAUCCACCCCUAUGAGGCACUGGAAUAGGGACAACAGCUUCAGUCCUCAGAGAACAUGGAGGUAACCUUGGAGAAUAGAACAGCUCUUGCUUAUUCCCUGAUGAAGCAGAGAGUUGUGGUGAUGGAAGGUUUCUUUUUGGUAUCCUCCUUGUCAUGGAAGCCAUUUCUCAGAUCCUGCAAGAUGUACGUGAUUACUGGGCUGAUCAUUUCUCCCAUAGAUUUUUCCCCAGAAGGCCAGUUCUUCGCCGCGCAACCUCUUUGUCCACUUUCUAUCUGUUGGACUACAAAACCCGACGAACUGAACUUGGAAUGGAUUAUGGCCCUCCAUGUACUCAGCUGAACAAAACAAAAUUUGUCUUCCAGGAUGGUGAGUGGCAAAGUGAGGGUAUCCCACCACAGAUGCCUUUACUGCAGUUAUUCCCUACCCCUGACAAAGAGUCAUCUACCAAAGCCCUGAAGAAAGCAAAUAAAGCUCUACUGGAAGAGAACAAUUAUUUGAAGCUGCAGCUUGAACUGCUGAUGGAUAUGUUGACGGAGACCACAGCACGAUUACACUCAGUAGAGAAAAGGCUGGACACCACUGGAUGGCACCCGAAGAUUAAAAAAACAAACAAGGUACUGAUGCUUCGAUCUUGAUAACACCUUGGAUUCAAAACCUGUGAUAAUUGUAUUUCUGAAAUAGUUUGCCUUCUUGGGUCCAGACACGUAAUAAAAUCUUGAAGGAGAU